GAUUUUGGUGGAUGAACUCUGUUAUUCUUAUUGUUUAUUCUACCUGAAUUAUCAGGUGGGUUUAAUUUGGUUUACUUAACUAUGAAUAAUGGCUAUUGGGAUGUGAAGCUUUGACAAUUGAAGCUUUCUGGGUUUCUUAAAAAAUGGUGGGGAAGAUCAUAUUUUCUUUUCUACUUAUCAAAAUUAAAUGACUAAAAGUAUGGUUUCAGCUUAGUUCUCUUUGUUACAUUAUUCUUUUGCUAAAUUAACCAAGUAUGUUUCCACUUAGAGAUGAUGAAUUUCAGAUUCAGCUUCAAUCCAUAGUCAACUUUUCAUAGCUUGAGAAACAAUUAUGAUCGUGCAGCAUGGUUGUUUGUAGUAUGCUUUUUUUAUCAGUAUUUGAGCAACAUGUGUGGAUAUGGUAUGUCCAUAUCAACAUAUAAUGUAUGAACAGUUUCACUUCUGUCCUUCUCAUCAAUGGACUCCUGAAUGAUAAGGAGUUCAGUUUCUUUGAUAAACUCUUUUUUGAACGUUUUGGUUGCUGAUUAAGAAGAUAGAUAAGUGAAUUGGUUGGGAUUGCAUGUAGUUUCUUGUUUACCAUGUGUGUGUGUCAUGAUAUCACAUUAGUUAACGUUCUGAUUGAAAUCUUCCUAGGUUCAAUAAUGCAAGUCUGCAGCCCUCCCCAUUAUUUGUAGACCUGUCUUAGAAACUCAGUUCAUAUGGUUUCAGCUUUAGAAAGAUUGCUUGUUGAAACAAAGUAGCUCUUUAGAUUGUGGUCAACAUCUUUGUUUUUUGAGAAUCGUGUUAGGUGUUGGACAUGGUACUUCAUAACAAUUGUUUGUUUACUACUAAGCAUGUCUUAUCUUUAGAUGGGAAGCAAGAAAUCUACCAAUACUGAAACUGAGGGAUCUGGAAAACCGAUGAACUUGCUGAAUGUAUCAACUAUUUUGUGCUGAACGAAGGGAAAAUGCUACCAAAUUGGAAGAAGCCCCAUUCUAGUUUGAUGCUAAUCUCUUUGGGGCUCACUCUAUUUGUCUUCUUUGAGAAAUCCAGAAGUAAAGAGGGUCUAAACAGUGUGAUAUAAGAACAAAUCAUGGAGCAAGUAUCAGAGAAAAGAUUUCCUUUGGAUCCAAAAGAGUAUAAGUUAUAUGAAGAAGUGGGUGAAGGUGUUAGUGCUAGUGUGUACAGAGCACUCUACGUACCACUUAAUGAGAUAGCUGCUAUCAAGGUUCUUGAUCUGGAAAAUGCAAUAAUGACCUGCCCUCAUUUGCAGGCUGGGAAUAUAUUGAUCAAUUCUAAUGGGGCAGUCAAGUUAGCUGACUUUGGUGUAUCUGCAUGCAUGUUUGAUUCUGGAGAUAGACAACGUUCCAGAAAUACUUUUGUUGGAACUCAUUGCUGGAUGGCAAUAGGAAACCUUCCUGAACAUACAGCAUAUUGAUUCUAAUAUAUUUGCUUAAAAGUUAUGGUGGCUUCAGUUUUGUCAACAUGAUUUCUAUGAAGGCACUGGAAAUCUGUAGCUGCAAUACAAGCCAAUGUCCAGGAUUCUUGCUUCAUAUGACUAAUUCGAUGGACGGCUAGUACCAAGAGGAUAUGCUCUAUAAAGUAGUUGCUAGAGUUUAUAUUGUUGGCUGAAUUUUCAUGUUAUUUAGACCACCUCCUAGUCUUACGAUACUCGUUUUCCUUUCUUACUAAGUUUAUGAGGUGAUGUUUAGAUUUUAGAUUUUCGUGUAUGACUCUCUGAUUGUAUUAUCUUGCAAUUGUGAGAUCUCAAAUUUUCAACUUAUCAAUGUAUCAAAGCUUUCACUUCUUCC